CUCUCUCGAAAAGGACGAGCAAGCUAAUACGAAGAUAUCUCUUGUGCCGAAGCCAAACCAAAACAAUUGAUAUUUCCUUUUUAGCAACUUUGUGAAGGAAAGGAAAGAGAGCGAGAUGGCGGGGAACCAAAUAUAGAAUCCGAUUAAAAAGGUUCCAAUUUUUAAGACCAUGAAAUUCCAUGCCGAUUUCCAUGUUUGAAUGUUUUGCCAUUGCCUUCUUUUCUCUGUCUUUAAGCUUCUAUCGUACCCCGCUUAAUCUCUCUCCAUAGCUAAUAACAAAUGCAUGGGUUUCGUUUCAAAGUUUAAGUUCUCCUUCCAAAGGUUUGAUGAGCUUGUAGUUAUUUAUCAUCCAAGCCAAGCUGGUCCAAAGGAAGAAACUUGUGACCUAUGGGAAAGAACUUGGAGCACCAUUCCUCAAGUGUUUCUAUUGAGAACAAUCAUCCAGGAUGCAUGUGGAGCAUACUUCAUGUACUCAAGUACCAUCAUUGGCGAUAUAUUAAGAAAAAGCUUCACCACAAGAGUGGUGGUAACAGGAAACAUGCCAAGUGUACGGGAUGGAAAUCCAGGAAAUAUUUUAACUGAUUCUAAGGUUGGUGGAACCCCUCAGAGCAACAACACUGGAAAUCACCAUUCAACAGUUAAUGAUAAGAAGACACAAUUCACUUCAGCCACCAAAGCUUCUGUCAAAUCUCAAAUAAAAUCUAGAAUUUCUGAUGAGCUUUCCAAAAGGAAGGGCCGACAUUGCCGAAGCUCAACUUACCCUAUAAGAUCACCCUUGAUGCAAACUGAUUCCUUUCGCCAUACAGAACUGUCAGAUGAGGAUCUCGUUUCUGAUAUAAGAUUAAGUGAUGGGUGUCCCACAAUUGCUGAAGAACCAACCUCUUCCACCACCAAAUUACGGGAUCCAUCGGUACCAACAUCCUUGGAGGAGUACAAUCGUGAAGAUUGUGGCCCCAUGCUCACUAGUAAUCACCUGGGACAUAACCAGGUUGAUAUGACUGAAAAGGAACUAAUUGAGAAUCACUCUCUUCUUCAGGAAAAUUCAAAUGAUAAAAGGCAGAAAUCAGUACAUGUAAAGGGUCUCAGCACGGAUGCUUCAGCCCAACAAUCAAAAGAGAUUUUGGAUGCACUAGAUAUGAUCAACAUAGAUAAGGAUAUUUUUAAAAUCUUUUUACCAGAUUCGACCAAUCCUUUGGCUCAUUACAUGCACCAUCACUAUACAUUCACCACUAAAAUGGGAUAUUCUGUCUCAUUCCCUUUACCGGGUUCAUCAUAUGGAAUAGGUUCUGGAGCAAGAAAAGGCAAGCAGAAGCAGGAGGGCCUGGAGAAGUUGCAAACAGGUAGCCAUACACAAAAGUCUGUUGAGCCCAAGUAUAGAGAAUAUAUACGUUCAAAGUCAAUGCCAUCAAUAGCUGCUGCAAAUUCCUCUUUGGGUUCAUCCCACCGAAUUAAGAAUCAUGCCCAGAAUCAAGUGGUUGUUAAGCAUUUCAAGAAUCUCAAGCAAAAAAUAAGGCAUGCUAUUAAAGAGAGCAAAAAUGAGAAACAUAGAAUAACCAUGGAUGCAAUCCUUCACAAGAUUCCUCAUGGCCACAGGUUUUCCAAGAACUUGGAAAGGAUUGGUGUUGAUAAUAUGAUGGAUCAUUUCAUGAGUAGAGAUGGUAAAGACAGUCCCAAAAGUAGCUAUGAUUAUGAUCACUCUCUUCCUUCUACCAGCAAUAGUGAAUUAUACCGCAUCAGCAGAACAGUAUCAUUCAGCGAAUCACUGGACAGAUAUUGCCAGUUGUAUGAUUCUAGCUUUAACAAAGAAGCAAAACAACAUUUCCCUGAGACAUUAAAGAUGAAAGCAGAAGAUGGGGUUUCAUUUCAAAUGGGCGCCGCAAAAUCCAUGAGAAGGAUUUUUUCCUUGCCAGACCUCAAAUCUUUUCCCUAUUGCUGUGAGGAUUCUUCUGGUUCCUUCCCAGUAAGUCAAGUUAGAACCAUGACGGAUGACACUUUGAGCACAAGAGGUAAUUUCUGUGAACAAAACAGUCUCAGUCAUCCCACAGCUUCCGAGCAAUUCUUGGGAGUAGACACUAAAAAUCAUUUAAGAGGGAAUAAUGUGGAGAGUGAAUCAGAUUCAGUUAUUGGUGAUGAAUUGGGUACGAUAUUGGUUUCAAAUGUUGAGACACGUGCCAGCUGCACUUUAGUUAGUGAUGACUUGAGCAACUUGAUGACAGUGGAUAAGCAGGAUAUUCUUUCCCCAACUGAAACUAUUACUGAAGUGGUAGAACUGACUACUCUGCCUGUGCCUGACUCUAAACUUCAGGAUGAGACAACCAGGCAUGCAAACAUUUUUGUUGCAGAAGAUCUUAAUUAUUCGAAGAACAAUCUAGCAGAAUGCAGCAUGGAUACACUAACAAUGACAGUGACCGAGGUUGGAAUUGAGAAAAUAGAUUUUUUAAGCAACAUCUUGAAUAAUGAUAGUCAUCCAUUCCAAGUUGAUGCCAAAGACAAAGCCGAAUUUGAUUAUGUCAAGGAUGUACUGACGUUGUCUGGUUUCACUGGGAAUGAGUUGCUUGGAACAUGGAAUUCUGAUGACCAACCAGUACAUCAUUCCAUUUUUGAAGAAGCAGAAGGUUGUAUGCUCCUAGAUCCUGAGUGCUGUGGAAAUGAAGGUGGCAACUGUCAUCACCUGCUAUUGUUUGAUCUAAUCAAUGAGGUACUAAUGGAGAUUUAUGCAAACUCGUACACUUAUUAUCCAGUGCCCGUGUCUUCUCUUUCGCAUGUCCGUCCAAUGCCUGUAGGACGCCACGUCCUAGAGGAGGUCUGGACAAAUAUAAGCUGGUAUUUAAGCUCAACUACUGAGGGUGACCACUCAUUAGAUCAUGCUUUAAGUAGAGAUUUAGCGAAGCGUGAUGGUUGGAUGAAUCUGCAAUAUGAUACAGAAUGUGCGGGGCUUGAAUUGGAGGACUUGAUUUUUGAAGAUCUUUUGGAGGAAAUUCUUUGCGCUUGAUUUUAUGGCUGAAUCAUUUUGGUUCUUGCAGCGCUGUACGCCUUUUAUCAUUGCAUAUACAGGAAAUUUUUAUCAAAUAUUCCUGUGAACAUCACGAGUAAAAAACAUGGAUAGGAAAAAAUAGGGAUAAUAAUAAUAUAAGAGUUUAGGUUAUACUAUUUCA